AUGGCGUUUGAUUUGGACGCAUGCAUUGAGAAGCUGAUGAACAAGCAGCUUCUUGUGGAUGCGCUACUCAAAGAGAUAUGUGAAAAGACCAAGGAGCUCUUGAUGCGUGAGAGCAACGUGAUUCAUAUUCAGGCCCCCGUCGCGGUCGUGGGCGAUAUCCAUGGCCAGUUCUACGAUUUGCUCGAGAUAUUCCGUAUCGGUGGUGCGGCUCCCAACACCAACUAUCUUUUUCUUGGCGACUAUGUGGACCGUGGCCUGUUUUCCGUGGAAACUAUUUCGCUGCUCACAUGCCUCAAGCUGCGCUACCCACAGCGGAUCCAGCUCGUGCGAGGAAAUCACGAGAGCCGUGCGGUGACACAGACGUACGGAUUUUAUGCAGAGUGUAUGCGCAAGUACCCCGACUCGAAUGUGUGGCAGUACUUUACCGACAUGUUUGACUUUCUCACCUUGUCUGUCGUCAUCGACGACCGGAUAUUUUGCUUGCACGGGGGCCUCUCACCUUCGGUGCACUAUAUUGACCAGAUCAAGGUGAUCGACCGGUUUCGCGAGAUCCCUCACGAGGGACCGAUGGCAGAUUUGGUGUGGUCCGACCCCGACCCCGACAAGGAAGAGUUUGCCAUCUCUCCGCGCGGCGCUGGCUAUACGUUUGGUGCGUCUGUCGUAAAGCAUUUUAUCGAGGCAAACAAGAUGGACCAUAUUUUGCGUGCGCACCAAUUGUGUAUGGAAGGGUACAAUGUCUUGUACGACGACCGGCUCAGCACGGUGUGGUCCGCGCCAAACUAUUGCUACAGGUGUGGCAAUCUGGCAUCCAUUUUGGAAGUCGGGCCGGACGGGUCGCGCCAUUUCAAUAUAUUCGAGGCCGCGCCGGACAAUGAGCUCGAUGGGCCGCUGCAGGCGAGCCAGCCGCGGAGCGAGGCGAUCGAGUACUUUUUGUGA